AUGGCUCCCUACGGCGCUGCUGCCGAGUCCCCUAUCCCGGAUGCGAGCAAGUCCGUCAACACCGACUACGACAAUGGCCGUACUCCGAGCAGCUUCACGGCGGGCAUGAAGGCCUUUGUCCGGAGCGACAUUCGCGAGUCGAUCAGGAGGGCCAGGGCGAAGAAGAACAAGAACAAGAGAUUGGCCCGCGAGAGCUGGAAGGACAAGCUCAAAGCACGAAUCGCAGCCUGGUGGCAGCUCAUUAUCAUCGAGAUCAUUCUUCGUCGCAAGCCGCUGCCAGCUUCCAAGGAUGGCCGGCACAUCCCCCUCAACCCGGAUGAGGUGGGAAACUCGGGCCUCAUUGACGAGCGCAGUAAUAAGCCUUAUAUCAACAACUUUAUCCGCUCCAGCCGAUAUACCAUCUUCUCGUUUGUUCCCGGGCAGUUGAUCUAUCAGUUCAGCAAGCUUGGUAACUUCUACCUCAUGGUGAUUGGUAUCAUUCAGGUGAUCCCGGGACUUAGUACCGUUGGAAGGUGGACGACUAUUGUGCCCCUUUCCUGUUUCAUUGCGUUUAGUAUGCUCAAAGAAGGGUACGACGAUUGGCGCCGAUACGAACUAGACAAGGUCGAGAACCGCACUACCGUGUGGGUUCUUGCUCACGGCGUCAGGAAGAACUCUGCCAACCGGCCAAAGAAGUUCAGCGGGCGAGGCUGGAAGAAUGGAAAACCGGUGGAUGAGAAACUCCAUGAGCGAAGGGACCAUGCGACGGCUGCAUUUGAGGGAGAUGAGUGGAUGCCAGUGCAAUGGCAGCACGUCCAAGUUGGCGAUGUUGUCCGGCUCCGCCGCAACGAGGGUCUACCUGCCGACAUCGCCCUGCUGUAUGCUUCCGGACCCAACGGAAUCGCCUAUGUCGACACCAUGGCCCUCGAUGGUGAGACGAACCUCAAGAGCAAGCAGGCCUGCCCGCUUUUUGUUGAGAGAUGCAAUACCCUGAACGGUCUCAUCUCCACUAGGGCCGAGGUCGUAUCCGAGGACCCGAAUCUUGAUCUUUAUAGCUACGACGGCAAGGCCACAGUUGACGGCGAGUCUCUCCCAUUAACUCACAACAAUGUUGUCCUCCGUGGUUCCACCCUCCGAAAUAUCUCGCUCGCUAUUGGUUUGGUCAUCAACACUGGAGAAGAAUGCAAGAUUCGCAUGAACGCCAACAAGAACGUCAAGGCGAAGAAGCCUGCGAUGCAGUCGAUCGUUAACAAAAUGGUUCUUUUCCAAAUCUUCAUGGUCAUGAUGCUUUCCAUGGGCCUCACAGUUGGAUAUUUCCUCUGGAAGGAUCCCAAUGAGAAGAAUGCUUUUUACAUUUUCCGACAGCUCCCCAGCGGCCAAGUGCUUUACGAUGGUGGCGUAUCUGCUACAGAGAUCUUCUUCGGGUAUCUGAUCAUGUUUAACACCCUGAUCCCCCUCUCUCUGUAUAUCAGCUUGGAAAUCGUAAAGAUAGGACAGUUUUUCAAUAUGCAAGAUCCAGAGAUGUACGAUCCCGUUUCGAACACGCCAAUGGUUGCCAACACCACCACGAUUCUCGAGGAUCUGGGACAGAUCAAAUACAUCUUCUCAGAUAAGACAGGAACGUUGACGGAAAACAUAAUGCGGUUCCGUAAACUCAGUGUUGCUGGCGUGGCUGCCCUUCAUGACAUGGAUCUGCAGAAGGAAGAGGAGGAAGACAUUAGGAAGAUGGCCAUGCAGAAGGAGGGCAAAGGCAAAGCCAGGACUACAGAUGAAAGACCUGGCGCUAUCAGGAGAUCGACAUCCCGAUCUCAAUGGAGAUCAUCUGUGCAUUUUGACCAACCGCAAGAAAUGAAGACGGAAGAGAUCCUGGAUUAUGUCCGCCGGCACCCAAACACCAUCUUCUCUCAAAAGGUCAAGCACUUCAUUCUAUGCAUCGCGCUCUGCCACACCUGCUUGCCCGAGGUUGACGAAAAGGGCGAAAUUGGAUUCCAAGCAGCAUCGCCGGAUGAGCUUGCGCUCGUCGAAGCUGCUCGCGACUUGGGAUAUCUGUUGAUUGACCGCCCUUCGAACUCCAUCAAACUGCAGGUCACUAACCCGGACGGGUCCGUACAUACUGAAGUGUAUGAGACGCUUGACGUGAUUGAAUUCACGAGUAAGAGAAAGAGAAUGUCAAUCAUUGUCCGAAUGCCUGAUGGUCGUCUGUGUGUACUCUGCAAGGGUGCUGACAACGUCAUUAUCGCACGGCUUCGACAGAAACAAGCUGCCCAAAAGACGGCAACGGAUAUCGGCCGAAGAAUGAGUCUACGGAAAACCGACGAACAAGGCAGGGCUCUUAAGAGACGAAGCACGGCUCGGGAAAGCAUGCAAGGGCAGGAUAGUUUCAAUGCCAGCCGCGCUGAGGGAUGGAGGGCUAGCCUCCGCCUUUCUCAAGAUGCUGAGAGGUAUUCAGAGGACCGCCGGGAAAGCUUUGGACGAGCGGUUACCCACGACGGCCACGAUCCUCGCAUUGAUGAGACCCUCGCGGCUAGCGAGACCGCCAUCUUUGAGCGAUGCUUUGAGCAUAUUGACGCUUUCGCGUCAGAGGGUUUGAGAACCCUUCUCUUCGGUUAUCGAUACAUUGACCAGAGCGCGUACAAUGAGUGGAAAGAAAUCUACCGAGAGGCCGAGACCAGCCUCAACGACCGACGGCAAAAGAUGGAUGAUGCAAGUGAGAUGAUUGAACAGAGUCUUGAGCUUGCUGGGGCCACUGCUAUUGAGGAUAAGCUCCAAGAGGGAGUGCCCGAAACCAUUGACAAGCUGCGUCGCGCGAGCAUCAAAGUCUGGAUGCUUACGGGAGAUAAGCGCGAAACCGCCAUUGAAAUUGCCCACUCCGCGCGCUUGUGCACACCUGUGUCUGAACUUUAUGUUCUCGAUUCCACCGAGGGCAACUUGCAUCAGGCCAUGACUGAUUCCAUCAACGCAGUGGGGCGUGAGCAGGUCCCGCACUCGGUGCUUGUUAUUGACGGUCAAACUCUUGCUACAAUUGACGAUAACGAAGAACUUGCUGUUUUGUUCUAUGACCUUGUUAUCCUGGUUGAUUCAGUCAUUUGCUGUCGUGCAUCACCUUCCCAAAAGGCACACUUGGUCAAGUCUAUCCGACGAUAUGUGCCUAAGACGAUGACCCUGGCUAUUGGUGAUGGUGCCAACGAUAUCGGUAUGAUUCUCGAGGCACAUGUCGGCGUUGGUAUCUCGGGCCGAGAAGGUCUGCAGGCUUCCAGAAUUGCCGACUACGCUAUUGCGCAAUUCCGAUUCCUGCAGAGAUUGCUCUUUGUUCAUGGCAGAUGGAACUACCUUCGGACUGGCAAGUAUGUGCUUGCAACAUUUUGGAAAGAAAUUUUGUUCUACAUUGUGCAGGCGCACUUUCAGCGCUGGAAUGCUUAUACGGGAACCUCACUGUACGAGUCUUGGAGUUUGACGGUGUUUAACGUCCUUUUCACUUCGCUGGCUGUCAUUAUCCCGGCAAUCUUUGAUAAGGACCUGUCUCAAGACACCCUUCUUGCUGUUCCUGAACUUUACACUUUCGGACAAAAGAACCUUGGCUUCAACUAUCCUCAAUACUUUGGCUGGGCUACCAUGGGUGCCAUUGGCAGUGUUAUCAACUUCUUUCCAGUAUGGGCAGAAUACCGGCUAAGACUGUUCAAUAAUGACGACAGUCUGUACUCCAUGGGUGUGGCCUGCUUUACCAUAUCAGUUAUGUUCAUCAACAUCAAGCUUUUUAUGUUGGAGACGCAUUCCAAAUCCGUCGUCAUCUUUUUCUGCUUUCUUAUUACCGUGGCUGGAUGGUUCAUGUGGCUUUGCAUUCUGUCGGAGAUGUAUGCUGUGGGCAACAUAUACGCUGUCCAUGACACCUUCAUCCACAACUUCGGACGACAACUCAGUUGGUGGGUUACCGUCUUGCUCUCGCUGGCGACACUUGUUGUGAUCGAGCUGGUCGUCCAGUCUAUCCGACGGGUCUACUUCCCCACAGAUCAAGACCUCAUGCAGCGCAUCGAAAAGGACGCAGACUCAGCCAAGGCCAUUGAGAGGAAGGCUUACUCAUCUAAAAACGGAGUCGAGGUCAUGGAGAUGCAAAAUGUUGGCGGCCGAAACAGUGCACAAGCUGACGAGGAGUCUUGGGCGGCUUCCAACUCACACAGACAAUCUCGUUAUGGAAAGGGGACCAGGCAAGCUCCAAUCCAAGAGGACCCGUAG